UUCUGAAAUUUAUAGUAUUUAUUUAUAUACACUCCUAGAAAUGAAUUUAAAAAUUGGGGUAAGCUUUGGGGGUGGUAGAUGAUAUGAGGCCUAGGAGACUCAAGGACUUGUAAUACUACUCUAGGCCUGGUCAUUCCUCCCUUUAGAGUUCUACAAAGGAAACAAGAAAUAAUGGAAAAUGAGGUACCUCUUUAUUAACUGCGCUAGUACCUGAUGCCCUUCAAGUUCAAAGCUCUGAUAAGUCUGUAUUGUGGUACAUGGCCUAGCCUAAAAUCCUUCAAGGGUCUCAACAUUCCCAACAGCUUAAAUCCAGGAAUAAACAUCAAUGGGGGAAGACAAUCAAACCUUUGUGGCUGAAUUUAUCUUCCUGGGACUUUCACAGGACUUGCGGACCCAAAUUCUACUAUUUAUCCUUUUUCUCAUCAUUUAUCUGUUGACUGUACUGGGAAACCUGCUCAUCAUCAUUCUCAUCCAUAUGGAUUCUCAACUCCACACCCCCAUGUACUUUUUCCUUAGCAAUCUCUCUUUUGCAGAUCUCUGUUUCUCUACUAGCAUUGUCCCUCAAAUGUUGAUCCACCUCCUAGUAAAGAAAAAGAUGAUUUCUUUUUUUCGGUGUAUGACACAGAUAAUUGUCUUCCUUCUGGUUGGGUGUACAGAGUGUGCACUGUUGGCAGUGAUGUCCUAUGACCGCUACGUGGCUGUCUGCAAGCCCCUGCACUACUCCACCAUUAUGACCCAGCAGGUACGUCUUCAGUUGGCCAUCGGGUCCUGGGCUAGUGGGGCUCUAGUGUCUGUGGUGGAUACCACGUUUACUUUUCAUCUUCCGUAUCGGGGACAGAAAAUAAUCAACCACUACUUUUGUGAACCUCCUGCCCUUUUGAAGCUGGCUUCAGUAGAUACUUACGGCACAGAAAUGGCCAUCUUUGCAAUGGGUGUGGUAAUCCUUCUAGCUCCUGUCUCCCUUAUCCUUAUCUCUUACUGGAAUAUUAUCUCCACUGUGCUCCAGAUGCAGUCUGGAGAGGGGAGACUCAAGGCUUUCUCUACAUGUGGCUCCCACCUCAUUGUUGUUAUCCUUUUCUAUGGAUCAGGAAUAUUUACCUACAUGCGACCAAACUCCAAGACCACAAAAGAGCGGGAUAAGAUGGUAUCUGUAUUCUACACAGUGGUAACUCCAAUGCUGAACCCCAUAAUUUAUAGCCUGAGGAACAAGGACAUCAAAAAGGCUCUCAGAAAACUAGCUGGAAGAAAGUCUUUCUCUCAGAGGCGAUGACCUCUGGGUCUGACUUUUAGAUAUAUGGUAACAUCCGUAAAAGAGGAAGAGGAUUUCUCUAGGCAGUUAUGAAUUAGUCAUUUCAGGAAGAAGCAGAAAAAUGAAAGACAUGUUCUAGAAACUGUGAAUCCUCCACUUUAACUGGAACAGAGAAUAAAUAAACAGAUGAAAUGUUACAUUAUUUCCUGAUUAUGAAAGGCCUCAAGUACUAGUUUGAGGAGUUUUGGGUUAAUAGAGCUGCUACCAUGUUAUGGAUUGAAUUAUGUUCCCGAAAAAUACAUGUUGAAGUCUUAACCCCGUACCUGUGAAUGUGAUUCUUUUUGGAAGGAAGUUUUUAUUUGGUUAUGUUAAUGAGGUCAUAUUCAAGUAGGGUGGGUCCUACACAUAAUCCUUAUGAGUGAGUACAGACACAGAGAGACAGACACUUAGGGGGAGAUGCUAUGUGAUGAUGGAGGCAGAUGCAUCUGUAAGCAGCAAAGAAAUGCCAAAGAUUGCUAGCAGUCACCAGAAAACAGGACAGAGGCUCACAGAAGGAAUCAACACAACCAAAACUCCAAUUUGGGCUUCUAGCCUCCAGACUGUGGGCAAAUAAAUUCUGUUCCUUAAAUCCACUCAGUUUGUGGCAUUUUGUUAUGGCAGCUCUGGGAAAUUAAGACACAUGGACAAGGGUGAAGCAUAAUGAGAACCGAACUGUAGGACGUU